AUGCCGCGUGGCUUGUCGGCUGAGCUGAGUGCCAUGCUGCCGUCUCAGCCAGUUACCCCGCGCCCGAUUGAGGCCCCCCCCGGGGACUUCAGCGCUUUCCCCGGGGCGGCGCCGAAGGCUCGUGCAGCGAAGUCCCCGGGCCCUCCGGACUUGUCGCCGCCGCCGCUGCCGGCGGGAUGGGAGUCUCGCCGUGCGCCGUCUGGGGCUUUGUUCUUCCAGAACAGGCGUACAGGGGAAAGCCGGUGGGACCACCCGGGCACGGGCCCUGCUCCCCCAGUUCCGGCCCCUGCCCGCGCCACCGCAGACGCAUCUGCUGCUCCGGAGGGGGCGCCGCCGGGGGGCGCGGCGACCCCGCCGAUGGCAGCGUGGGCGAGGGCCGCGUUGCAGCUCACAGCGCCUGUGGUGGUGGCACCCGUGGCGGCUUCACCUGAAGCGAUCCGUUCGCUGCGCCUGGAGCUGGAGGCCCUUCAGGCAGCGCGUCCGGAUUGGGAGGAGUUUCGCGACCCCACUGGGGGCCAGAUUUUGUGGUUCCAGAGGUCUACCCAGCAGGUGGUGAUGCACCGGCCACCUGAAGUUGCAGCGUGGAUCUCCCGCACCGCCGCCUUGAAUGAGGAGAUCAGCGAGCUAUCGCGGUCCCGCGACCGUUCGCCUGCCGGGGUCCCGGCCGGCCCCGCUUCGCAGGCUCCCCCCCUGCAGGACGCGGCGGCUGGUGGCGCUGUCCCAAAUGACGCCGCGCUUGCGACCCCCGCCCAGUCGCUCGCGCGUUUCACCAGGGCAUCUGAGCUAGAUGGGGCCGUGGGUGCCUGGCACAGCAGGCUCCACACUGCGGUGGGGGGGUCGACGGACGGUCGCGUUGCCAUGGAGGCGACGUUCCACACGCGGUGCUUGUCCCAGGGCGACCUGCAUGCAAUCGCCAGGGCGAUGGGCGUCCACAUCGAGGCUGCUGCUCCGAAGGGGCGCGGGGCACGGCCCGCCCUGGCCCCGCCUUUUGGCUUUGCCACGGGCGAUUUUCAUCAGCCCGCCGUCGAAGUCACUUGGAGGACGGGGCCGUUACUGAAGCUCACGAUACAGCUCGUGAACAAGCGGCAGGGGCGCAUUGUCGUCAAGGGCAAGAGGGCGGCUUUCGACGCCAAUUUGGAAGAGCUCUUAAUGUUUCUGGGGCCUGUCGCCGAGAUUAGGCGCCCCAAAGGCAUGGAGCCCGCAACGCGUGCGGCUGGGAAGCAGGGGGGAGCGGAGGCCGCGCAGUCCCAGGCCCCGCUUCGUGAGAAGGCCAUGCGGUGGUUAGGUGCGCCCCAGAGCCGCGCGGAGUUGGCGGCCGCCUCCAGGGACUUCCUAGCCCUGCUGCACCUGGCUCCGGCGUGGCCAGAUGGGGUGACUCGCCAUGCGGGCACCGUAGCUGGCCCCCUAUGGGCCUUCGCAGUGGAGCUGCAACACUUUCUCGCGCGCGCGCUGCUCCCGUCGCUGAUGGCGUUUCCCGGGGUCUCUCGCAUUGUGGGGGGGCCCUACGUUGGGGGAGUUCCCCAGGCUGCUGCCGCAGAAGCGGCUGGGCGCGUCCUGGGGCCUGUCCCGCCCGCGCGCCCACUCUUCCGCAUUGCCACGCUGAACCCGGGCCGCACGGGUUUUCUGCACCUUGGUACGGACUUAAUUCUUGAGUGGCGCCUGGAGGCAGUCGCACACGCUCUUGUCGAGCAUGGCGUUGAUGUCUGUAUCCUGCCUGGCUCGCGGUUCCCGCCGGGCGCGUGGUUACCGCCAGGCUUUCCUUUUGUUUGGAUUGGCCCGACGUCCACGGAGUGGGACACCGUGGGCCUCUUCGUGAGGCCCGAGUUGGAGCAGGCUGUCAGAUUCGUUCCGGAGGCGUCGUCGGCGCGUGAGCAGUGGUUUGAAGUUUGGCCCUCCGCGUCGGCGCGCUCUCCGUGCCUCGUUCUCUGUGCCAUGUACCCUGUCCAUGGAGGAGACAGGGACACGUGGUCCUCUAUCGUUGCCCAUGCCGCGGAGUUUCAGGCCAAGUACCCGCUUGCCCGGCUUUUAAUUGGGGGUGACGGGAACGUGCACCUCACAUACGUCGUCUCGCAUGCGGUGACCUGCCGCUGCCUGCACUGCUCCCAACGCGGCCCUGACAGAGAUAUCCAAGCACUGCUGGACAGGGCUAACCUCAGGGCGUUCAACCCCCCCAAGCCGACCCACUCCUCCGGCACGUGCAUUGACAUUUUUAUAGGUUUGCGCGGCGACCCCCUACCUGUCCAGGUGGUGGAAGAUUUCAUAGCCCUUUCGGAUCACAAGCUCGUCCUACUGGAUGCGCCCUGUCUGGUCGAGCCGCACUUGGCCGCUGGCUUUGGUCGAGUAGCGUGGACCUCAGGUGCUGAAUGGGAGGCCAGCCUCAGUGAGGUUGCGCCAACUUUGGCCGCGCUCGCCCACGCGGUUGAGCUUCUCCUGGAGUCCCAGUGGUUGCGCCCGGCCUGGCACGGAGGCGCCGCGGAGCGCUUCUUGUCUGGAUUUUUCAAGGACGCGGACAGAUUUGAUAUCCAGCUCGUCAGCCCAGUGACAGGGCGCACCCAGUCCACGAGCGAGAUGCUCGAUGCAAUUCAGGCGGACCUGUUGGGGCGCGCUCAGAACGAUUUCCCCCAAUGCCCUGUGGAGAGGGACCGCAUGUCUCGCGUGGUCUCAGGGAUCCGGCGCGCAGGAGCCGCGUCCGGGCCCGAACGCGCGCAGCCACUGUACAGCGAGACCGAAGUCGAAGAGGCCAUUGCCUUGUUGAAGCUUGGUAAACGGACUGUGCAUUUGUGCAACGCAGCGGUGAAGGCGCCAGUUCAAGAGGGUUUCCGCCUAACGCGGGCGCUGUUGAACUUGGGCCGCCGCCUUUGUGUCACGUCUCGCUUCUGGUCUCUCCGGCAGUUUUCACCUCUUCGGAAAUCAGGCCCUCCCGUGGUCAGAAAGGUCUCUGCCCUUCGACCCGUGUCCUUCGCCAGCGACAUGGCGUCUGUGCAGGACGCUUUGUGGAUAGCGCGGAAUGGGGCCCUCAUUGAGGCAUAUUGCGACCUGCCGGUUCAGGAGUUUAAGUCGAGUGUUGCGGGCAUCUUAGAGCAGGCGGCCCCCCUUGCGGCGUCUGCUGAAGAGCGGCUCCGUGGCGUCUUCCAACGCCUCCCGGUGGAGGCGGACCGAGUGGCGCUUGCCGAGGCUACAGGGUCUUUCCAUUUGCCUCCGGUUCAAUUUGUCGACGAUAUCACCACGCCGUGCCCGUCUGAGGGCGCCGUGCGGGCAGUGAUCUCCGAUGAGAGCACCUCGGCAUGUAGUCGCUAUGCGUUCCGCAUGAAGUCCUUGUUCACGUAUGAGCGUGACAAGACAUGCGUUUUGCCCUUGCUUGGUGCCCCGAUCCCAGGCCGACCAGGUUGCCCAGUCGUAUCUCAGAAACACCUCCUCGGUGUUCUUGUCGAUUCAGGGCUGACUUUUGGCCCGCUGCUGAACGAGCUCUGUGCUAUCGGCGACUCCUGUUUCAAGAAGUUGCUUUUCGCGGCGGAGAGCGGAGGUUUUUCUGUGCCGGUGGCGGCCGCGCAGGUGCCGCCUCGAGUUGAGGCAGCUGUUCUUUUUGCGUGUCCGCUCCUUGCAGGAGUCCCUGGCGCCGAGGCUCGUUUCAACAAGCUUCAGGUGGGGUGGGGCCGCCGACUGCUGGGAUGCCACGGCGGGCCGCCCAUCAAGCACGUCGUGGUGGUCGCGCAAUGCGGCUGGCGCAUGCGAAUGGGCACCCGGUUCAUCGAGCGUGCGCUCAUGGCUCGGGCUCGGCUCACCGUGCUCCCGCCCGACCAUCCUGGCGCAAUCAUGUACCGUGCUUCGCGCGCCCUCUGCGUCCCCACCUGGCUCUCGGACGCAGCGGCGCUGGCUUCCCGCCUGCCUGACCCGCCUCCUGACCUGGAUUCUCACCCUUUGUUUCCCCCGGAGGCCCUCCGCGCUGCCCAGCUCGACCCAGCCCGAAGGAAGGUCCUCCUGCGGGAGUAUCGGCGCUUUGCCUUGCGCCCGGCACUCCUCAGAUACGACCAGCAGGCCUUCGCAGCGGGGGCCUCGCGGGUUUUGCCGAGCCUCAAUCGGUCCUUUGCAGCGCUGUGCCCUGGUCCAGCACUCCCCGAUGAGGGCAUGCUGACCUGGGAGCCGGGGCCCUCCUUUUGGAGGUACUACCGUCUGUGGGCAGUCGCCCGGAUGACGGGGGCAUGGCCGCUGCCUGUGUUAGGCCCCGGCAUCGCGGGCAGCGCACGGCCACCCCGCACCCACGAGUUCGUGUCCACGAUCAGCCUGGGGACCCCGCCGCAGAAGCUCACGUGCCUCGUCGACACCAGUGUCAGCGGCCUCUGGGUGAUGCCCGCGAGCGGCUGCUCUGGCUGCGCCGGGCGCGGCCGCUUCGAGGUGAACCGGUCGAGCACCUUCUCCGGCAUGACGUCCACAGAGGUGCGGGCCCCGCGGUACCUGGGCGACGACUCUAAUGGGCCGGACGUGUGGGGCCUGCCCUUUGAGGACCUGCUGGGCGUCGGCCCCAUGGAGCUCCCGGGCCAGGGCCUGAACCUGCUGACCUCCGCGCCCUCGCAGGCGCACACGACCAAGGGCGUGGACUGGGACUCGGUCUGCGGGCUGGCGUGGCCCCGCGAGGAGGAGGCCGCGCAGCUGCGGGCGCCCAGCCUCGCCCUCAACAUGAUGCGCACCGGCGGCCAUGCCGUGUUCACGCUGGCCCCGGGCCUCGGGGACCGCUCGUACGUGGUCGCGGGAGACGUGCCCCAGACCAUCUACAAGCAGGGCACGCUGGUUUGGGAGGAGCUGGAGGUGAGCAACGAGACGCGGCCCUUCUGGGUGGUGCCUGGCCAGGCCCAGCUCGGCGGCGAGCGCUCCCACGAGGCCCGCUUCCUCGUGGACACGGGGACGUCCUUCAUCUACGUGCCGCCGGCGGUCCUGUACAAGGACCUCGAUCUCGGGGGCGCGAUCUCCAGCGGCUGCGGCCUGGACCCGGCGGCCGGCAACCUGCUGGUCUGCGACUGCAGCGUCGGGCAAAGUGUCGACGCGCCGCCCCCGCGAGGCAGAGCGGUGGUGACCGCCCGCAAGCGCAGGCAUCGACCGUCGGAGGCCGUGCCCCCGCCUCACGUCCACUCCGAGCCGCUCCCUGGAAAGGCCAGCGCCGAGCCAACGGACCGGGAGGGGUCCACGGGGGCCUGCAGCCAGGCUGGCAGCCGUCGCCGGAGCAGCUCGGAGCAGCUCGGGGAGCGAGGUUGGGUCUCCCUUCCCUCCACAGGAGACUGUCGGCCGCGCAUCCUUCAUAUUACCCUGCAGCUAUAG